UAAGAUUUUAAUGAAGGAGGGGGAGGAGGUGGUGGUGGUGAAAGGGGCAAGUCAUGUUUUGUUUGCUACGGGACGGGUGCCGAAUACGGAGCGGUUGAAUGUUGGUGCUGCCGGGGUGGAGUUGGAUGAGAAGGGGUAUGUGGUGACGGAUGAGUUUCUGAGGACUUCUGCGACGUCGAUUUAUGCGAUUGGGGAUGUGAAGGGGCCGCCGGCGUUUACGCAUGUUUCUUAUGAUGAUUUUCGGGUGCUGAGGUCGGCGUUGUUGGAGAAAAAGGGAAAGGAUCAGGGAUCGAGGAUGUCCAUUGCGGAGCGGAAUGUGCCGUAUGUGGUGUAUACGGAUCCGCAGUUUGGGCAUGUUGGGUUGCAUGAGUAUGAGGCAAGGGAGAAGUUCCCCGACAAGAAGAUAUUGACAGCGCAGAUGCCCAUGAGUUAUGUGGCUAGAGCAUUGGAGACGGACGAGUCACGGGGUGCUAUGAAGGCUGUGGUUGAUGGGGAAACUGGAUUGAUUCUGGGAUUCUCGUGCCUGGGUGCUGAGGGGGGUGAAUUGAUGAGUGUGGUGCAGACGGCAAUGAUGGGGAAUUUGCCUUAUCAGAAGUUGCAAGAUGCGGUGUUUGCUCAUCCUACUUUUGCGGAGAGUUUGAACAAUCUUUGGGGGUUUCUGAAGUGACUGGAUACUUGUCUGAUUAUCGAUGCUGUUUAUACUCAUGGUAAGGUCUAUAUGAUGAGGGAUGAACUAAGCAUGCUGGCCAGGCUGACUACAUAGUGUCCGCUAAUUGUAUAUUUUUAACUCUUUGUC